GAGAGGAAAGCCAGGCAGGGGGAUGCCUCUGGAACAGCAGUUCAGGUCUGGGACCAGCCUCCCUGGCAGUGUUGCCCAGUGGUUAAGAACAUGGGCUCUGAGGGCAAGACAGGACCUGGGUUCAGAUCCCUGCCUGGCUGUGUGACCUUGGGGAAGCUGCUGGACCUCUCUGAAUCUUGGGUCUGUCUCCUCAGCAGUAUUGCACGAUCCCAGCCAACAGAUCCUGGGCUCUCUCCCUGCCUGGCUCUGGGCUAAGCACUUUCCAUGCAUCAUCUCGGUCAAUUCUCACCCGGCUCUGGGAGAUAUGAACAGUUCCCUCUGCCCAGGCUGUGGUCAGCCACGCUCUCACCCUGGGGGUCACAUCUGGUCCCCUAAACACCCUGGACACCACUGACUCCUGUAUCCAUGUCGUCGGCCCCACACCCUCCCCAUCUGGCCACCUAAUGGGCAUUUCAACAUAAGUGGCACUGGAUUCCAUGACCCCAUCCCCUGCUGUCCCCACCCCAGCUUCCUGCUGCAGGACCAGAGCCUGCACAUCUCUGUGACCUCUCCCUCCCACACUGGCAGGCCCUGUUGAUUCUUCUUCGAAACUAGAUUAUGAGUCUACCCACUUCUCAUCGUCUCUCCAAGCUGGCCGCAGCCCCAUCAUCUGCCCCAGACACUGCAGCUGCCUCCUCACUGGUCCCCAGCUUCCACUCUUGCCCCCUGAGCCCCUUCUCCAUGGGGAAGCCAGAGGGAUCCUCAAAAAUUGCAAAUCAGAUCAUUUCAGUCCUUGCCCAGAAUCUCUCAGUGGCUCCCCCUCACAUUUAGAAUGAAACCAAAACUCCUCCCCAUGUGACCUCCUUGACGUCAGUCAUCUCAGUCAGUCAUCUCAGCCACACAGUCCCUCCUCAGAGGGGGGCUUUUUUCAGUUCCCUGAGCAACCCACGCUUAUUGCCUCAGGGCCUUUGCACUUGCUGCCCCUUGCUGUAGCCCUCUUCCUUCUUGCCCUGCAGGAGGCAACAGACAUCACUUCCUCCUGAGAGCCCCCACCCCACACCACUCCUCUUCAUCACUUCCCAGGGUUUCUUUAGAGCUCUUAAUGUCCCCCCUCUGAAACUACCUGGUUCAAGCAUGUGUCCAUUUGCCUCUGGACUCUAAGCUGCUUCAGGCACGGAACUUGGUGGUCUCACUUACUGCUGACAAAGACUCCAAAACGGGGUGAGCUCAGGAAAUAUUGGAUGGAUGGAUGGAUGGAUGGAUGGAUGAAUGGAUGGGACUUGGAGAUAUUAGGGAACUUGCCUGACCACAAAGCAGCAGCAGAGCAGGACACCGGCCAGGACAAUCGGACCCCGAACCUGUGGGCUCCAUCCUAGAGCUGUGUUGCCCCCACAGUAUUUGGUUAAGGGCUUGGCUGCCUGGGUUAGAAUCCCGGCUCCACUAACUACUGUGUGUCCUUGGGCAAGGCUUUUAACCUCUCUGAGGCCCAGUUUCCUCAUUUGUAAAAUGAGGAUGUUAAGGAGUCUAAGUCUCAUGGAGUAAAUAAAAUAAUAUAGGUAAAGUGCUAGCACAGGCCCUGGCAGGAAUGCCUGCUAAUUAUUGUAGCAGCUGUGGUUAGCUUCACCUUCCUGCGUGGAGAGUCUAUGACGGGGAGCGGGGAGACGCUGGCCCCCUGACUUGCCUGCCUCCACAAGCUGGGCAUCUGGGUGUGCCAGGAGCAUCCCACUGCUGGUUAGACAGGUUUGGGGAGGGCAGGCAGAGGCCUGGGGCCAGGGUGUGGCUGACCAGGGUUAAUUAGAGGGAGCUGGCCAGGAGGAGCUGGGGGAGAGGGACCAAGCAGAGGCUGGGCAGAGGCCGAACCUCCAGAGCCCCUGGAACGCAGGUGUGUGAGGCCAUGGGCCGAGGCUUCAAUUCUGCCAGACUCAGGCGCCAGAAACGGUGCCUACGCCCUCGGGUCCAGAAGCCCUGGUGGCAGCCAGAGCGGCUGCAGCAGGAGAACCAUGAGCUCCGCCGAGGCCUGGCAGCCCGGGGAGCUGAGUGGGAGGCCAGGAUUGUGGAGCUGGAGGGGGACGUGGAGGCCCUUCAGGCCCAGCUUGGGGAGCAGCGUUCCGAGCAGAAGGAUAGCGGACGGGAGCGGGCGCGCACCCUCAGUGAACUCAGUGAACAGAACCUCCGGCUCAGCCAGCAGCUGGCCCAGGCCUCCCAGACUGAGCAGGAGCUUCAGAGAGAAUUGGAUGGCCUUCGGGGGCAGUGCCAGGCUCAGGCCUUGGCUGGGGCAGAGUUGAGGACACGGCUGGAGUGUCUGCAGGGGGAGAAUCAGAUGCUCCAGACUCGCCGACAGGACCUGGAGGCCCAGAUUCGAGGUCUGUGUGAGGAGGUGGAGAAGGGCCAGGGCAGGCUACAGGCAACCCAUGAGGAGCUGCUGCUGCUACGGCGGGAGAGGCGGGAGCACAGUCUGGAGCUGGAACUCGCGCGCUCCGAGGCGGGGGAGGCACUGAGUGCGCUGCGGAGGCUGCAGCGGCGGGUCUCGGAGCUGGAGGAGGAGUCGCGCCUCCAGGACGCCAACAUCUCGGGAGCCUCGCUGCAGUUAGAGCUUGCCCAUAGCCUCGACAGCGACAAGGACCAAGACCAGAACGCGGACAGACGCGGAGAUGCUCUGGCCACUCUGUCCCCGGAGACCCAAGAGGCAUCCAGCCACCAGCCUUCGCCCCAGGAGCAGAGGUUGGAGCCUCCCAGGAAGCGAGCAUCCCUGAGCCCAGCGGAGAUACUGGAAGAGAAGGAGGCGGAAGUGGUCCGGCUGCAGGAUGAGAUGGCGCUGCAGGGGGCAGAGCUACGGUCCCUGCGGGAGGAGCUGCAAAGGCAGAAGGAACUGCGGGCGCAUGAGGAUCCCGAGGAGGUCUUAAGCGGCGCCCUCUCGGAUCGGGACGAGGCCGUGAACAAGUCCCUGGAACUGUCCCUGGAGCUCAGCCGCGUUUCUCUGGAGCGGGACUCCCUCUCCCGGGAGCUGCUUCGCACCAUCCGCCAGAAGGUGGCGCUGACGCAAGAGCUGGAGGCCUGGCAGGACGACAUGCAGGUGGUCAUCGGACAGCAGCUGCUAUCACAACGCCAGAAAGAGCUGAGUGUGGCUGGAUCCGCCCCGAGCCGCGCCCCGCCGCGCUUCUCGCUGCGCCUGGGCCCUGGGCCCGCCGGCGGCUUCUUCAGCAACCUCUUCCGAAGGACCUGAGCGCCCGGUCAAGGGGGCCACCUUUGCCCUCUUUGGCUCACUUUCCUCUUCUGGCCAACGGAGCGACGGGCCCCGACUGUCUGCCAAAGGCGGCUGGUGCCCUCUCCACCCCGAGAGGCUGGGCAAGGGCUCACCGGGAGCAGGGGCCAGCUUUGGGGGCCAGGGACCCCAGGUGGGUGGCAGGGGCAGGUGUGGCAGAGCUGUUUUUCAAAUCUAUAUAGGUCUAUCUUUUCCAGGGACUAGGCCCCCUGGCCCCCAGCAUACUCCAGGACAGGGGUGAGGGUAGGUAUUUAUGUAUUAAGAUCAGACAGAGUAAUAUAUAAAUCAUUGCACCGA